GCAAAUGCCUCAAACUGAAACAUCUUAAAACAUCAACACUCAAAUGUUCACACUUUGUUUUUCAGUCUUGUUUAGUCAAGAGCACAAUCUCACCAUGAAUCAUCAUGUUGUGUUUCUCUUCACACUAACCUUGUUUCUUGUUUCUUUUGAUGCCAAAGCACAGCAGAAUUACACAGGAAAUUCAAUAUUCAGCUGCAAGAAUGAUGACAAAAUGGGGGCUUCACCUUCCUUCCUUUACACUUGCAAUGGCCUCAACAAAUCCUGCCUGGCCUUCCUCAUCUUCAAAUCAAAACCUCCUUUCAAUUCCAUAGCCACAAUCUCCAACCUCACAUCAUCAAACCCAGAAGAGCUUGCAAGAAUCAAUGAUGUCACUGUGCUCAAAGUGUUCCCAACUGGGAAAGAAGUGCUUGUCCCUUUGAACUGUUCUUGCUUAACAAGGGACUAUUACCAAGCUGAAACCAACUAUGUAUUGGGGCAAUCCCCAACAUAUUUGACAGUGGCAAAUGAUACUUUACAGGGUUUGACCACUUGUGAUUCGCUUAUGCGUGCUAAUCCAUACGGGGAACUUGAUUUGCAUCCCGGCAUGGAAUUGCACGUGCCACUCAGAUGUGCUUGUCCAACAUGGCAUCAGAUCACAAACGGCACCAAGUAUUUGCUGACAUACUCAGUGAAUUGGGGUGAUAACAUUACAAAUAUUGCUGCAAGGUUCAAUGUAGCAGCAGGUAAUGUGGUUGAUGCCAAUGGUUUUUCCACACAAACACAAACUAUUUUUCCAUUCACAACUGUUCUGAUUCCUUUGCCAAGUGAACCUGUGAGUUCAAUGACAAGAAUUGUUAGUGAUCCACCAGAUGUGUCACCUCUUGUUUGCAGCUCCAAAAAGUGCAACUCAAAGAGGAAACUUUACACUGUUAUUGCCACCACUGGGGGUUCCAUGCUGGUUCUUUGUGUCGUCUUAUAUGGGGUUUUUCUGUUCAGAAAGAGAUCAGCAAUGUUCAUUAAGCGAGGUGAACAAGGUGAGAAAUCAAAGAAGUUGUCUUCAGAAGAUAUCCGUGGUGAGAUAGCAAUCAUUGAACAUCACUCCAAGGUGUACAAGUUUGAGGAAAUAGAGAAGGCCACUGAAAACUUUAGUUCAAAGAAUAGAAUCAAAGGUUCUGUGUAUCGUGGGGUAUUCGGUAAAGAGAAGAACAUAUUGGCUGUCAAGAAAAUGAGAGGGGAUGCAUCCAAGGAAGUGAAUUUGCUGGAAAAGAUCAAUCAUUUCAACCUGAUAAAGCUGCAAGGUUACUGUGAAAACGAUGGUUGCCCCUAUCUUGUUUAUGAGUAUAUGGAAAAUGGCUCUUUGAGAGAAUGGCUAAGCAGAAACGGGUCAACGGAGCACCAGAGUUUGGCAAGGAGGAUCCUGAUUGCUCUGGAUGUUGCCAAUGGUCUUCAGUAUCUUCACAACUUCACAGAACCUUGCUAUGUGCACAGGAACAUAAACAGUGGAAGCAUUCUGCUAAACAAAGAUCUAAGGGCCAAGAUAGCAGACUUUGCUCUUGCUGAAGAAUCAGAAAGUAAAAUAACUUCCGGUUGUGCCUCAUCACACAUCGCGAAAUCAAGGGGCUAUAUGGCUCCGGAGUAUCUGGAGGCAGGGAAGGUCACUACCAAAAUGGAUGUUUUUGCCUUCGGAGUGGUGCUGUUGGAAUUGAUCACGGGUAAAGAUUCUGUUACCCUACAAGAUGGGAGAGAAGUAAUGCUUCGUGCAUUCAUAGUAAAUCUCAUUGGUAAAGAGGAUGAAGAAGAGAAGGAGAGUUUGUUCAUUGAUCCGAGCCUCAAUGGAAACAUUGAGAAAGUAUGGGCUCUCCAGCUAGUUAAACUUGGUCUAGCCUGCUUGAUCCAGGAAUCAGCAGAGAGACCAACCAUGGUAGAGGUAGUCUCUAGCUUAUUGAAAACAUAUACAAGUUAUAUGGAGCAAAUAAUACCACCUAGCAUCAGCAACAGUCCUAGCAUGGAGAGGUGAAAUGAUACGAUUUUGGCUAAACUGAUAUGGAAUGUACACUUGUAUUGCCUUAGCAAUUAAUUUGUAUAUAUUAUACGUAUUUCACUUAGAAUUUUAGUUUGGUUCUUUAAUACAGAA